GAGAGAACAGCUUCUCCUGCAACGGGAUAGCUCGCAUUCUGCAAAGAAAGAAAGAAAGAGACACAGAGAGAAUUAAUGGGAGUUUCUCCCCAUUGUGCGUGAAGGCGCCCUGGAAUGCGCAUUGUAUCCUGUUUGGAAGGAGCAAAGGUGCGCGCGCGCUUUUUUUUCUUCUCCCUCUCUUUCACCGUGCCUGGAUUUUGCUACAAAAACACUACACCUUAAGAAGCGUGGAUCGAGCUCGCGAAUGCAUCUCCCUUUGUCUGGACGGAUCCUGCCAUCCAUGGGCUUCUCCCGAAUGCCACCGUCUCAGCAAAGCCCUUUAAGGCUGGUCUGCAGCACACCGGAGAGGGCAGCUGUUUUUUGCGCCUUCUGCCUUUAAGUCUCCUUGCUUUCCCGUGGAUGUGUGAGGAGGGAGAGGAGAACUCGGUUGCUCCCCAGAGGGAAUGUCCCCGGGUGACAGAUCUAUCUAUCUCCCGGCAAGGGGGACAGAGAGUUCCAAAAGUGCUCUUUUGUAAAGGAACAACAGCAGCAGGAGGAACAGCGACAAACAGACCCGGCUGGGUCAAAUGGUAGCAAUGAACUUCCUUCCUCCGAAAAUCGGGGACCUGCCAGAACUGUGACUUCGCUGCAACUUGCUGGAGGCACCUGGGGGAGGUGUGGGGCCGAGGAUGGCAGCGAUGGCGAUCCAUGCCCUCGCCCGCUACAUCUUUGUCCUCAAGCUGCUUUUCCCUGCCGACGGGAACAAGCUGCUGCCCAACAUGCCAAACGUCUGUGCAGAGCGACAACUCGCAAUGGUCAGUCACCGACAGCCACGCAUCAGCUCCUUCUCUCGGUUGGUUAAAGUGUGGAAUCCAAGUUGUCGAGGGCAUCCAUGGUGCUUGGGCUAUGAACGGAGGAUGGUGUAUUACAUGGACAACAGGCAACUCUACAGCAUGCAGUACCAGACAGUGUACAGGUGCUGCCCGGGAUGGUCUCAGUUUGGAGAGGACGCAGGCUGCCUUUAUCCUGUCUGCAAUUACGGCGUGUGUUUCAAUGGAGGCAAAUGUGCAGAAGGCUCCUCUCAGGUCUGCCACUGCCCUGCAGGCUUCCAGGGCCCCAGCUGCCAAUAUGAUGUGAACGAAUGUGAAACCGGGAACGCAGGCUGCGAAUCCCAGUGCUGUAACACAAUUGGGAGUUUCUACUGCAAGUGUCCUGAAGGAUCCAAGCUUAAAGAUGAUGGAAAGGCCUGUGAAGAUGUUGACGAGUGCCAAGUUCACAAUGGGGGCUGCCAGCACAGAUGUGUGAACACUCUGGGGUCCUAUUACUGCGAAUGCAAGCCAGGCUUUCGUCUGCACACAGACAGCAGGACCUGUCUUGCCAUAAACACCUGUUCUAUCAACAACGGUGGAUGUGAGCAUGACUGUGUGCAGCUCACCCUCUCACAGCAUCAGUGCCAAUGCCGGCCAAAUUACCAGCUGAAGGAGGAUGGGAAGCAUUGCAUUGUGAGAAACCCAUGUGCCAACAGGAAUGGAGGCUGCAUGCACCGGUGUCAGAGCCGGCGUGGGGUGGCGCAUUGCGAGUGCCACCCUGGAUACAGGCUGGCGGCUGACAACAAAGCUUGCGAAGAUAUCGAUGAAUGCGUAGCAGGGAUAGCCAUGUGUGUGCAUGGUUGUCUGAACACCCGCGGCUCCUUUAAAUGCACUUGCAAUCCAGGCUAUGAGUUGGGGGCUGACGGCAAGCAGUGUUACCGUAUAGAAAUGGAAAUUGUGAACAGCUGCGAGACCAGCAAUGGAGGCUGUUCUCACCUUUGCCACCACACCAGCAGUGGUCCUGUCUGCAGCUGCAACUCAGGAUACCAGCUGGACGAAGACAAGAAGACUUGCAUUGAUACAGACGAGUGCGGCGCUCGUUCUCAUUGCUGCCACCAGGACUGCUACAACUACCCAGGGGGUUACGAGUGCGUUUGCUUCGCUGGAUACAGGCUGAACGCUGACGGCUGCAGCUGCGAUGAUGUGGACGAGUGCUCUUCAAAUAAUGGUGGAUGUGAACACCUCUGCCAGAACCUGGUGGGGUCUUUCCAUUGCAGCUGUCAGAUUGGCUACAAGCUCGAUGAAGACCGAAGGAGCUGUCUCUUGCUUGAUGAACCCGUGGAGGCCCUGGAUAGCAGGCGUCCCAUCUUCCGCCCGCUCCCCCACGUGGCGGUCCUGCGAGAUGAGCUCACCCAGCUAUUUGAUGAAGACUACCUUGAUGAGGAGGAGGAGGCGGAAGCAAGAGGAGAGCACACGCUGUCUGAGAAAUUCAUCUGCUUGGACGACACCUUCGGCCACGACUGCAGCCUGACGUGUGACGAUUGCCAAAACGGAGGGGCGUGCAAUGAGGACCGGACAGGCUGCAACUGUCCUGCUGGCUGGAGCGGGAUCCUCUGCAACCAAACCUGCCCAGAAGGUACCUUUGGAAGGAACUGCAGCUCCACUUGCCUCUGCCAAAAUGGAGGCACCUGCAACCCAGUGACGGGAGCCUGCCGCUGCCCACCUGGAGUCAGUGGGGAACUGUGUGAAGAUGGCUGCCCCAAAGGAUUUUUCGGGAAGCAUUGCAGGAAGAAAUGCAACUGUGCCAACAGAGGGCACUGCCACCGAAUCUACGGGGCCUGCCUGUGCGACCCAGGCCUUUAUGGGCGAUAUUGUCAUUUAGCUUGUCCAAAGUGGGCCUACGGCACAGGCUGCUCCGAAGAAUGCCGGUGCACACAAGCAAACAGCCUGGAGUGCGACAAAAAGGACGGUGCUUGCGUGUGCAAACCUGGCUACUCCGGUGACAGAUGCCAGAAAAAAUGUGAUCCAGGCUAUUACGGCGCCAGGUGCAGAAGCAAGUGCGAUUGCCCCUCUGGUUCGCCCUGUGACCAUGUCAGCGGAGAGUGUCAGAAGCAGUGCGCAGCAGGCUACCACGGGGAGAACUGCAGCCAGGAAUGCCCAGAAGGCAAGUUUGGCAUGAACUGUUUACAAACCUGUUCCUGCGGUGGUUCACAAUGUAGCCGCUUCACUGGACAGUGCCACUGUGUGGCCGGGAAGACUGGUGCGGAUUGCAGCCAUGAUUGCCCUGAAGGCCACUGGGGUAGAGGCUGCCAGGAGCUCUGCCCAGAGUGCAAGAAUGGUGCCCGCUGUGAUCCCGCCACUGGCGCUUGCUUGUGCCUUCCUGGAUAUACAGGCAGCCAUUGUCAAGAUGUAUGUCCACCUGGAUGGUUUGGGCAAGAUUGCCAGAUGCGCUGCAACUGUGGGAACGAAGGAUACUGCCACCCUGAGACGGGGAGGUGUAGCUGCCUGCCCGGAUGGACGGGCCACAAUUGCCGAAGAGCCUGCAAUGCUGGCCGCUGGGGUCCCGAUUGCACCAACACUUGCAACUGCAGCAACAGUGAUGGGAGCUGCAAUGCUAUGACAGGACAGUGUCUCUGUGAAGCCGGCUACACCGGGACCCGUUGCGAUCAGAAGUGCCCUGAAGGCUGGUUUGGUCCAAGCUGCCGCCACAGAUGCCAGUGUGACAACGGGGCUGGCUGCGACCACGUCAGCGGGGCCUGCACCUGCACCCCGGGCUGGAGAGGGACCUUCUGUGAACGCCCUUGCCCUGAUGGCUUUUACGGGAUGGAGUGUCACAAGGCCUGCCGGUGCCUGAACGGAGCCCGCUGUGAUCAUGUGACCGGACGCUGCACCUGCCCCGCUGGCUGGAUCGGUCCCACCUGCAAUCAAACUUGCCAGGCUCACCGCUAUGGGGAGAACUGCAGCCAGGAAUGCAGCUGCUCCAAUGGGGCCACCUGUGACCACAUGAGCGGCCGGUGCCUCUGCGCACCUGGAUGGAUGGGAGAGACCUGCCAGCAAGUGUGUCCCGAUGGCUCCUUUGGAGCAAGCUGCCAGCAGCAGUGUCUUUGUCAAAAUGGCGGGACGUGUGAUCCAGUCACCGGGAGCUGCGUGUGUCCCGAAGGCUGGACAGGACUGGCCUGCGAACAGGAGUGCACCCAAGGAAAAUAUGGGGUCAAUUGCCAGGAGAGCUGCGAUUGCCUGAACGAGGGCUUGUGUGCCCGGCAGGCUGGGCGCUGCCUUUGCCGCAGUGGCUGGACAGGAGAGAAGUGCCAAAUCCCUUGCCCCGAGGGCACCUAUGGGGAACAGUGCAAGCAGCGGUGCGACUGUGAGCAUGGGGUCUCCUGCCACCACAUCACAGGGGCCUGUGAUUGCCCGCCAGGGUGGAGAGGACAUCACUGUGAUAAAGCCUGCCUGCCUGGGUCAUUUGGAAAAGACUGCGCUGCCAGCUGUGACUGCCCCCCAGGAACGCCUUGCAACCACAUCACGGGCGAGUGCAGCUGCCCCCCAGGAGUUACGGGCCAUGGAUGUGAGCAAUCUUGUCUCCCUGGGACCUUCGGAAUGAACUGCGCUCGGAUUUGCCAGUGUCCCGGAGUGAACCAUGACUGCCACCCAGUGACGGGAGACUGCAUCUGCGCACCCGGUUACCACGGCAGCAAUUGCCGACAAAGAUGCCCCUCUGGGCGUUACGGUCCAAAUUGUGAGAGGCAGUGCAAGUGCAAGAAUGGGGGGCAAUGUGUGACCACCACGGGAACAUGCCAAUGCCCAGCUGGUUAUAUUGGUGCCGACUGCGGUACUGUGUGCCCAGCUGGUCGCUACGGUGUGGACUGUGCUCUAGUGUGUUCCUGUGGCAACACUGCCACCUGCCAUCAUGCGACAGGCCUCUGCCUUUGCCCACCAGGAAAAACUGGCCCCAACUGUGAGCACGGCUGUCCAGGGAACCGCCACGGAGCCGGCUGCAAGCAGACGUGUGCCUGCCAGAACGGGGGGAUCUGCCUCGCGACCGACGGCUCCUGCCUGUGUGGGCUCGGGUGGAUGGGGAAGUUUUGCGAAUUGGGAUGUCCGCCAGGGAGAUAUGGAGCCAACUGUCAGCUGAGCUGCACCUGCCAAAAUAACAUGACCUGCGACCCCGUGUCGGGAGCCUGCCGCUGCGGGAAAGGGCACUAUGGAGACCUUUGCCAACACACCUGCCCAGCUGGUUUUCAUGGAGUUGGUUGCCAGGAGCUGUGCGACUGUCAGAACGGAGCCACCUGUGACCCGACGACAGGGGAAUGUGUGUGCCCCCCAGGUUUCUACGGCAACCAGUGUCAGAAAGUGUGCGACAUGGGGACGUACGGAAACAAGUGUCAACAUCAGUGUGACUGUGAGGGGAAUGCUCCAUGCGAGGCGACUAGCGGCCGCUGCCUCUGUCCUCCUGGGAAAACGGGUGCCAAGUGUGACGUGGAUUGCCCACUGAAGAAAUUCGGCCCCGAUUGUGCUCUGACGUGCCAGUGCUCCAUGUCCAACGCUUACUGCAAUGCCCAAAAUGGCCGCUGCGUUUGCCUCAACGGUUACAUAGGGGCGAUGUGUCGUGAAGGUGGCCUACCACAGCUGCUAACCCACACGAGACGACAACCGGAACAAUCUGCACAGUCUCGGACUUUUUACCGGGCUUCCUCCAGGGUGGUUGCCCCAUCUGUGAAGCACUAGUUUCUGGACUCAUCACUUCCAGCGCAGACUUGGGCAGAAACUGCAAGGGUUGGCUGCCAAGUAUGGAACUAGCUCACCUGAUUCGUGACCCGCCAGUUUGCAGAUCCGACCCCUCAAGAGCGCAACAAAUCCUAGAUUUUGCCCAGAGGAGCGGUCGUCCUGCACAGACUGAGUGAAAACAGCUCAAAACAAGCACAUAUCUGCUUCGAACCAACAAGGCAGUGUGGAAAACCUCCCCCCACUCCAAUCCUCCAUCUCCUCCACUCACAAAAUCUGGAAACCAUUUUUAAGCAUAGCCAUUUUGUCUCUGAGCUUCUGGACUUAAAAAGAGCAAAAGCUUGUAAUUAUGAGUUAUUCUUGUUUGCCUGGAAUUAUUAAUAGCAGGAUUCUGUAUUUAUGUAAAGGUAUUAUUUAUGGGCAGGUGUAUCAAAAGUUGCAUCUUCUCACUUGCUACACGAAAGGCCCUAUGGGUCUGUGUAGCCCUGGAAAGUGUGGGAGACAGAGGGUGGAAGUGUGUUUGUUUGAAACACAACAUCCCUGGCGCUUGAGAUAGAAUGAUCUCAACAGUCCCCAUAUUAACUAGCCAAGAGCUUGAGAGUGGCAAGCUGCUGGGUGGUGGGGGGGGGGAGAGAGGAUAGCCCCUUUUAACUCCCAGAAGGCCCCAGGUGCAAAAACAUGGCACUACAAAGGUGCAGACUGUUUUGCUGCCUUUCCAUUAUCUGGCCUAAGGGAUGUGUAGAAGAAUCGUAGCCUGGCACCUCAGAUGCACCAGCCAGCCUGAGAUUAUUUCACAUAAAAAGUUUGUGGGGUUGCUUACUUUAGGUUGCCUUUUGCAUAUAUACAAAGGAGCCAUUAAGCCUGCAACCUAAAGCCUAAAUACAUCAGACUUGGGGACGGUUGUUUUAACUGCCUGGCUUUGCAUAAGACGAAUUGAUGCCCAUUGCUCCACCUUUAGCCAACCUGGUGCUCUCCUGCCGUUUUGGACUACAACACCCAUCAUCCCCCACCAAUAUAUCAUCAGAGAGAGAUUGCAAGAAGCAGGGGCUUGUGAAAUGCUAUAGGAACAUCUCUUCUGCUAUGAUCCUUGUUUUCCCAUCAUGGAAGAGGGGAAAGACCAAGGAACUUGUUCCGAGCAAGAGCUAAAAAGUUGUUAGAUUAAUUCAUGCAUGAGCCCUAUGGUUGUUGGGCCUUUUUGUUAAGCGUGCUUUUUCCUCCUUGUUUUAGAGUCUUUUAUAAGCUUUUUGCCUGGCCUUUCCCUAUACAGCCAUGAGGGAAAGUCACUUGAUGUUUUUAAACAGAAACUUGGAACUCUGCCAUAUCUGAAACGUGCUUGGUGGCCCACAAACUUUCUGCUGCAUCUCCGACAGCCUACAUCGUAUUUGCAAUGAAGUACUUUUGUGAAGACUCAAAGCAAUUUGGGAACCAAGACAGGAUGAAAAGGGCGGGAUUUUAUCAUCCUGCAUGGCACCAGGAGGGGUCAGAACACCUAGGGAAGUCUUCCUUUUUAAAGUAGCGAUGGCACAGAAAUCGGUUAAUCACAGGAGAGCAAAAACCAAACAAUUCAGGAAUUUCACCCCCAAACACACAUCUUCACCAUUUCCCUCAAUCUUUAUCUUGCAAAAGGUGAGGUAGGUUUGCAGCAAAGGCAUCAUCAUCUUACCUUGAACAUCCAUUGCCAAUCUGGAAAACAGAAGUUCCCAGCGCUUCCGAUAAAGAACUCCACUGAGCCAGAAGACAUGGAAAAACGCUCACUGCCCAAGCUCCUCUUUACAAGGGCUAAGUCUUGGGAAAUAAAAAAGAGUCUCAGUUAAAAGCUGAGCUAUUGUAGCAAAGAGACAGAGCGAAAGAACUCACCAUCACCACUGAGAUUUUUAUCAUGUGUCAUGCAUAAGAACUUGAACCCGGCUUUAGAAAGUAAUCAGAAACUGUGGAGCUGUACAGUGUUUUAUAUGUGAAGGUUUUAGCUUUCAUACUUGUGCUUGGGGACAACACAUCAGAAACUUCCCCCAGCUAAAAUUUAGUAGACAAGAGUUUUGCCUUUUCGGUUUAAUGGAAGUUUUUAUUUGCAAGAUUAGUGCUCCUUUGUCCAUAAUGCCCUAGCCUGUUUUCAAAAGCACCACCUACCUGCUAUCUACCCUCUUUGCUGUCCCCUCAAAGUUGUGUUUUACCCCCAAGCAGAGCCGUAGAAGUUAAUGGACUUAAGUCAGUCAUGCCUGUUACAUUUACUUUGUGUUGGACUAAGACUGGAAACAAUCCAUGACCUCUGACUUACUCCUGCCAUCGGUUUACAGAUCUUUGGUUUUUUCCAGCUGCAGUACUGCAGAACGUUUUGCCAUACGUCUGACAAAAUUAUAAUGUUGUCACUUGCUUCUAUUAAAAUAUAUAUUUAUAUUUA